CGUUCGCCGCCGUGACGCCAGCGGCGCUGGAACACCUGGAGGGGCGGUAGAGGCGCCUGCGGCUCGGCCCUCCCCUCCGCCGCGGGCAAGUGUCUGAAGAAAACAAGAAACAUGGAAGGUCAUAAAUACAAUUAUCCAAGGGAAUUUUAUGACCAAUAUGCUCAAAGCCAAGAAAAAUCUGUGGUGAAUAAAAUGCAACAGAAAUACUGGAAAACAAAACAGGCCCUUAUAAAAGUUACAGGAAAAAAGGAAGAUGAACAUGUUGUGGCUUCAGAUGCAGAUCUGGAUGCAAAACUAGAGCUGUUCCAUUCUAUUCAGAGAACAUGUAUGGAGCUGCUGAAAGCAAUUGAACUAUAUCAAAAAAGGAUUUGUUUUCUGUCUCAGGAAGAAAAUGAAUUGGGCAAAUUUCUUCGAUCACAGGGUUCUCAGGAUAAAACAAGAGCAGGAAAAAUGAUGCAAGCCACAGGAAAGGCCCUCUGCUUUUCUUCUCAGCAAAGACUAGCAUUGCGUGCUCCUUUGAGUAGAUUAUAUCAAGAAGUGGAGACUUUCAGAUACAGGGCGAUCUCAGACACAUGGCUGACAGUAAACCGAAUGGAACAGUAUCGGACUGAGUACAGAGGAGCUCUACUCUGGAUGAAAGAUGUGUCUCAGGAGCUGGAUCCAGAUCUUUAUAAGCAGAUGGAAAAGUUCAGGAAGGUUCAAGCUCAAGUGCGACAUGCAAAACUCAAUUUUGACAAACUGAAGACUGAUGUCUGUCAAAAAGUGGAUCUUUUGGGAGCAAGCAGAUGCAACCUCCUUUCUCAUGUGUUAACAACAUAUCAGACAACACUUCUUCAUUUUUGGGAAAAAACUUCACACACGAUGGCAGCCAUCCAUGAAAGUUUCAAAGGUUAUCAGCCAUAUGAAUUCACUAUGUUAAAGAGCUUGCAAGAUCCUGUGAAUAAACUAACAGAAAAAGCAGAAAAGGAGGACUCGCAGAUUGAGAGUAUCAAACCUGUACAAGAUCAUCAGAGUCAGUUGAUUUCAUUAGAUGAGGAGAGCCAUACCAAGGAAUCAAACUAUUCAGGUGCCAUAGAUGACUUAUUAGACCUGCAACCUGAAGAAAAUGCUUCAAAGGAUCAUUUUAUGAGGUCCUUGGAGUCAGAACCUGGUGAUAAGGAUGACAUGGUACUACUAAAUGAGAUACUCAACGCUUCCUCCCUGGACGAGGGGGAAUUCAGCAAAGAGUGGACAGCUGUGUUUGGACAGGUUGCACUUGCUGAUGUCACCAUGAACUCUUCAGCUGGAGACGCAGAGGGCACUUCAUCAUCUGUGGCACCAGCACCAUCAGGCUACCUGCCUUCACAGCUGUUAGACCAAAAUAUGAAUGACUUGCAGUCAUCUUUACAUGGAUGGGCAGCAAACAGCAUGAGCCCGCCAUCGGUACCGCAGCCAGCACAGAAGCCAAGCAGCCUGAAUGUGAACUCCAACAAGACGCCUGUGAAAGAACCUACAAAGAAUCCUAAAGACUUGACUGCCUGGUUUAGUCUCUUUGCUGACCUUGACCCGUUAUCCAAUCCUGAUGCUGUUGGGAAAACUGAUAAAGAACAUGAAUUGCUUAAUGCAUGAGUCAGCUGCCUGUGGUAAUUCACAUUGUUCCAUUCAUCAACACCAUUUUGGGGUUUAAAAAAAUCUAAAUGAAAAUUAGUAUGCUGUGGUGAAACUAUAAAGUAUGUGCCAUGAUAAUAAACUAAAGGGAAUGAAUCCCCUUUUCUAUAGGUACAAGGUAUUUGCUCUUGUUUUGUAUAAAGAGCUUGCAUUUAUUUUCUACGUGGAUUUACAAAAAUGAGGUUAAGAAUUAGGGCAGAUUUCUUGCCAAAUUAGAUUAUCUGCUGAAACACUGUCUUUGCCUGUGGUAAUGCAGGAGCUAACACUGGAGUGAAAUACAAAUUGCAAACCUAUUUUUUUAUAAUGUUUCUUGAGUAAAUUAAAAGAAGAAUACGUAACUGGGGAGGCUGCAUGAGUCAAACAUCCGUCGUGUAUAUAAUAUAUAUAUAGUACUGCUACAUUAAGAUAUUAUCAACUAAAUUUGUUAUUAUGGUGAAAAAUCUGUGCUGGGUCUAAUUAUUGAAGAAAUACAUUUGGGUCUGUGCAGCCAUGGAAAUUGUGCCCUUUCUAAUUUAACUUACUAGACAAACUGCACUACAUAAACAGAAGUCAUGCCCGGCAGGCUUCUUUUCUGACGUUUUUCUCCAUUGCACCAACAGAAUUUGCACCUGUUUUCAGAAGUUUCUUGCAACUGCUGCUUUACCAUGCCUUCAAAACAUGUUCAUAUUUCUGUUGAGAGUAUUUUUCAUCCAGUUUAUUUCUGAAGCAUGUGUUAUUUUGAGCUUGUU